AUGUUAUUGCAGAUUAUCUCUCACGAGGAAACUAGUCCAAAUAUACAAGAAAAAAUACUAACUGCCAUAACUACACUUUGCCAAAAAGUGGAAAGUCUUGACAGUGAAGUGCAACUAUUGAAGAAAGCAUCUAACAGUCAGCAGCAUGACUCUAAAUAUGCGGAGCUACGUCGUCCGGCAGACGAUAAAAGGCCAGAACUAAAAGGUGACGUUGAGAAACACCUAAAAACUCAAAAUACUAACAAAUUACCAACUGCAGGUACAAAUGAAGCAAGUACAAGUAAAGGAAAAAAUACCAAUUUAAACAAUCUAUUUGAAAAACCAUUCAUUCCCAGAAAACAAAUUAUAGAUAUAACACCAAAUCCACAAACUUCUACCUAUGCAGAAAGCCUAAACAAAGAAAAGAAGAUAUAUAACCAUAUUACCCAAUCAUAUAUUGAAAACAUAUAUACAAUCCAAACUUAUUUAAACCUCAAGCCAAGAUCUACUACCACUACAGAAAAAACACAGGAUUAUAUAACCCAGCAUUUGCAAGGCUACAACAAACUAAUCGCACGACCUAAAACUAACCCAAACUUGGUUAGAACUUGUUACAGUUAUGGACUACUUAGUACGGUAUAUACAUACGAUGGUACAGAAAUAAGUGGAAUCCCUGAGAUCCACAAAGCCUUUUUAACAUACAAAAGAAUUACAAAAGGCAACCUAUUUUUUAUAAAAUUUUAUACAGCACCAGCAGAAAUACUUUUUGACGAAAUAAAACCAACUAUCCAAGUUGUCAAAAUGGGAUUGACACGGGAAAUGAUAAUACCAGAGGAUAUAUCGGCACAGCCAGAAAUACCUAAAGUUGAGAUACCAAAUUUUUAUGCAAAUAAAAGGACAAUUGGGGUAUCAACUAUAAUCCAAGAACUAGCUACAAAUUAUCUACAAGGAAUUGCUAUUUGGAGUUAUUAUUCCAGAGAUCAUUUAAUGAUAUAUGCAAAUUCCAAAGAAGUUAGGACAGCAGAUAUGGCAGAAGUACAGAGAUGA